AUGAAAAAACUAAUGGAAGUUGCUGAAAUUCCUAAACACGAUCUCGUUGAUUCUCGCGUUUUCCUUUUUGGGGUGUUGAGCAGAGUAGUUAUGUCGCAGAGAAGUGUUCCGGCGCCGUUUUUGACGAAGACGUAUCAUUUGGUGGACGAUCGGAGCAGCGAUGACGUGAUUUCUUGGAAUGAAAGUGGUACGACGUUCGUGGUCUGGAAAACUGCCGAAUUUGCGAAGGAUUUGCUGCCUAAUUACUUCAAACACAACAAUUUCUCCAGCUUCGUUCGCCAGCUUAAUACUUAUGGCUUUCGGAAGACUGUUCCAGACAAAUGGGAAUUUGCCAAUGAAAACUUCAAGCGUGGUCAGAAGGAACUCCUGAUCAAAAUCCGUCGUCGAAAAACAAUGCCUUCACAAAAUCCAUCAGGGGGAAAGAAUGUGGCCGCCGAUAGCCCAACUUUGCCAGAGAACUCUGGGGAUGACCUUGGCUCGAGUUCUACCUCAUCUUCCGACUCAAAAAAUCCAGGGUCAUUAGAAACACAAACAUCAGCACAACUUGCAGACUUAUCAGAUGAAAAUGAAAAAUUGAAGAAAAACAAUCGUAUGCUAUCUUCGGAGCUGGCUCAAACCAAGAAACAAUGCGACGAACUCAUUGCCUUCUUGACUCAAUGUGUGAAGGUGGCGCCAGAGCAAAUCAACCAGAUCAUGAACGGUAGUGCCCCUAUUAUUGACGAAGCUGGUCCAUGCAGCGGAGGCAUGAGUGGUGGGAAUAUCGAUAAUGAUAAUGACGAAAAUGUUGAGUGUUUGAAAUUGUUUGGAGUGAUGGUGAAGAAGAAGAAGAGGGGUCGUGAUGAGAAUCUUGAUUUCUCUGAGGUACAUAAAAAAGAGAUGAAAAAAGCAGUUGAGGUUAAUGCGCCAUGGAUGAAGAUUUCUGCGUCGUCCGGGGAGAAUAGUAGGGUUUAUAAUUGA